AUGGCGGAGCCACCGAAAAUCAAGGGUCACUUUAUCAUCAACGUUGCAGAGGCUUCAGGAAAAAAUAAGGAAGACCAACUCGUCUGGGAUCCCAACUUCGUGGAGGGUUUUGUCAAAGGCAUCUUCGUGAAUGACAUCAUGGAUGCCGUUCCCAUUGACAAGUACUUUGAGCUCUUCAAGCCAGGCGCCGGUGGGGAGGGGGGUUUCAUCCGGAUCAGCAUGGACUUUGUGAAGACCUUGAAGGACCGUGGCGGCACCGCAGAUGGGGCAAAGGCACAGCCUGUGGGGUUCAAGCCUGCCUUGUCGUUCAAGGGGUACUCGCCAGAAAAUGUGGGCUUUGGGGCGCUGAAGAUUGCCCAGGCCAAGAACAUUCAGUUAGUGGUGAAAGAGAAGGAUGGCAACUUGCAGAAGGAGGCCAAGAAGGGUCUCAGUUUCUUGAAGAAGUAG